AUGGGGCGUGAAAGGACCAAUCCUGUCCGAAAAUACUUCGUGUACGACAGACAGAGCAACGUUUCCUUAUGUCAGAUCGACAACUGCAACUUCAAUAUGAAGGGGGACCAUGCAGCGAAUCUGGAACGGCAUAUUCAGCGAAAUCAUCCCGACAUAUACAGUUCACAUGCUCUCACGAAAUCAAGUUCUAGCAAAAGAGGACUCUCCCAAACUGAAGACUCGCCUAACAAAAGACAAGCUUGUCAACCAACGCUACUAAAUGUUUUGGAAGGCAAAGGCGCCAAGCCAAAAGUUUCGAAGAAACAAAUUGUCACCGCAUGUGUUGAGUUAGUUGUCAAAAACGGGCGUCCGUUUCAGCUGAUGGAAGACUCUGGAUUCAGAAAACUUUUGGAUCCACUGAUAGAAAUUGCCGGCGGACGUUUUGCGAUAAACUCUAAAAGCAUCCGUGCACAGGUUUGUGAGACAGCCGCCAAAACAAGGCAACGUAUCACCGAAGUGUUAAAGGAUCGUCUUAUCAGCCUAAAGAUCGAUUGUGCUACGCGUCUUGAUCGGGCUAUCUUGGGGGUUAACGCGCAAUAUGUUGAAAACGGGAGGGUGGUGGUUCAGACGCUAGCCAUGAAGGAACUCUAUGAGCGACAUACAGCUGAAUACAUUAAACUUCAGGUGCAAGAGGUGCUUGCGGGAUACAAGAUUGAGAUGACGCAAAUUUAUAGCGUGACCACCGACAAUGGCAGCAAUAUGCUGAAGGCCGCUACUUUGUUGAGCGAUGUUCCCGACGAUGUCAGUGACGAAGAGGACAAAGAGAGUUCGUUUGACGAUAUUUCAGAUGUCAUCGUUGAAGAAGUAAACUUCAGCAGUGGACACCAUGAUUCUUUGCAAUUCCAAAGCAUCCGCUGUGCUGCGCAUACAUUACAGCUGGCGGUAAACGACGCCCUAAAAGAGAAGACAUCUGUCGAGAUCAUAUCCAAAUGCCGUAAGAUUUGUAAGAAACUUCGGACACAAACCCUCAUGUCGCUCAUCCGGAAGCUGAAGCUUAAGAAGCCAGUGUUGGACUGUCCCACACGCUGGAUGUCCACCGUAGCUAUGCUUCGCCGUCUAUUGGAGCUGAGAGGUUUUUGUGCGGAUAUGUUCACUGAGGAAACAGAAUUUUUUCUUGCAGAUGAAGAUUGGAACUUGGUACAGAUAAGUAUUGAGACGUUGACUCCCGCUGAAGAAGCCACCAAAAGGUUACAGUUAGAACAGCUAACCCUAGGUGAAUUCUAUUCUAUCUGGAUAUCGUGCAGGGAAAAAACUGCGAAGAUGUCAUCGGAAUUAUCAUUUCGUGUCGUUGCAGCCAUGCGAUCAAGGGAGACUUGCUUGGUGGGGAGUGAGUUGUUUUGCGCAUCAGUUUUCAUGGACCUCAGGUAUCAUUUACUUCUGUCCGAAGACCAAAAGAAUACCGCGAAGUUACAUCUUACGAAGCUAUGGAAACGCCUGGCAGCACCUGCACGUCAACGAAGCAAACGUAGCCCAGGGGACUUGGAGAGCCUCUCUCUGGAUAAAGAGGACUCAGUGGAUGAUGAGGUUGAGAUGAUGUUGAGAGAAAAGGAUGUUGUGCGUGCUACAGCGACGUCAGUUCCCUGCAUAUCAACAUUUCUAGAACAUUUACAACUAAAACCAAGGAUCAGCAGAGACACAGAUAUUCAUCAGUAUUGGGAAAGCAAGAGAGAACAAAUGGCGGAAUUGAAAGCACUCGCAGAGAUUGUCCUUGCUGUCCCAGCAACACAAGUAAGCGUGGAAAGCGCGUUCUCCGCACUCAAAUAUGUUCUGUCCGACCAGCGCGCUCGCCUCGCGCCUCAUAUACUUGAAGACAUUCUUAUUGUUCGUUCAGCAUGGUCAUCAUAG